AUGGAUCAAGCCAUCACUGUGCAGGCCCAGGAUAUGACGGCCCAGGAUAACAGGAAGGAGGUUCAGCGGGAGAAACCACCAGCACUUGCUGAUCAGUUCUUGUAUUUUUCUAGCAGAGAGAACUUGAAAGAGUGGAGAAAACGUGAGAGAGAUGAGCGUGAGAGAGUGUUAAAAGAGGUGAGCAGGUUCCUUACACGGAUAUCAGAGGAAUUGGAGGAGGAGUGUCGGGCUGCAAUGCUUCAUGAUAGCAUGGACUUAUCCAGGCUGAUGGUGCAUGUCCAGCAGGUCGAGGACAACAGGAAGAAGAGGAGAGUCCGUGAGGUCAGGAGGCCUAACCCUUUUGACCAGACAGGUUCCAGCAGAGGUUGUGGCAGGAGCACUUUUGGAGUUCGUGAUCAGCCCAAAUUUAAGAAGGGGCAUCAGAGUUUAGGGAAAUCUAACUCUAAGAGGAGUGCAACACACAAAGGAGGCAGACCCCAGCCAAAGAAGGGCAAUGGAGGUGAUGUGCAGCGUUCAAGAAAGGAAUGUGGCAAUUGUGGCCAUAUUCACAGCGGAGAGUGCAAAAUUGGCACAAAUGCCUAUUUUUGUUGCGGAAAGAGCGGACACAUGGUCAUGGACGGUCCACAGAAUAGGGGUCAGGCUGGAGGUAAUGCUCAGUCUAGUCCUAAUCCCCAGAGUGCUACUACAGCCGAGCCUCCUAAGAGGAGCAUAUUCUACGCGUAUGAAUGA